AUGUCUCGCAAGCUCGCGAAGUCGCGAAACUAUGCUGCCAAGGGACGUUCGGCUGCAAAGAUCCUUGGAGGUACGUCGAAGCAUACCAUAGGCAUUGUGCAGCAGCGGCCGGUACCAACUGGCGGUCAUCUCUGGUUACGGGAGUCAACCAUGGGGUGUUGUUACGGCGGAGCAGUGCACAUAAGAGAGUUAGCCGUCUGCAAUAUUAGCUUGGUUGGAAUCCUUUCACAACUUGGGCACGCAUCAUGCAGGCCAUCGCUAGGUAAUAGAGCAAUAUCAUUCAUUUUCAUCCUGUUGGGUAAUAAGAAUCCUCCUGAAUCUAGAAUCGACCUUGUUCCUGCGGCCAUCCUUCAUCCCCCGCGGCAAGAUGGCGCGCGUGAUUCACGGUCGAUCGCUGGGUCCUUCUCUGACUUGCUUGUCCAGUGA